AUGGGAAGCGAAGAGGUGCCGCCGCUUUUCGCGAUGGCUGUUCGCUACCGCGCUGGGGAUGACGUCAAGACGCCGUUUGGGCCUGGGCGUGUACGCAGUUGUAGUGACCGCAAGACGCACGUGGAGGUGGUGCUGGCGGGGGACGCCGUGCUGUACGCGAGAAGAGGCUGCUUGGUGCCAGAGCUGCACAUGCUACAGUGCGGAGAGAUCCCAAGACAUACGAGAGUGAUUGUCAUGGCAACAAAGGAGCCGCGGGAGGGCGUCGUGCUCAACUACACCGUGCCAGACCAGAAGUACGAGAAAGCGGAGCUUCGACUGGCCAAGGAGACCCGCGUCCGGACAAGUUUCGGGUUGGGAACCAUCACGGACUAUAGGAGCUCCAACAAUUCGUACGCGGUGCGAUUGGACCGUGGCAGCGUCGGCUAUUUCCAAGCCAAGGACGUCUCAUGCGUCGACCUGAGACUGCUAGCAAAAGUCCCCAGGCCUCUCUCGGCUGAGAGGAUUUAUGAAGAAUUCCAGGGACGGGUCACAUGGGACGACGCGAUGGUGUUGAGUCUCAGGGCAAAGCAGACGUACGAGCAGCUUCAAGUCUUCUGCGAGCAGCACGCAGAGGCCAUUUCUUUCAUCUCUACAAACGCGUCUUACGGAGACCAGUACACGCGAGCGCUGGCAUCGCUACUCGACCCCAGCUUUUCAGACGCAACGAAGCGCUUGAAGGAUGCCAGUGGGAAGGAGCUAACGCGCUUAAAGGAGCUGGCAACGUCAGCGAAAUCGAUGCUGGAGAGCGAUCUGCUCGAUGGGAGGGACUCUGCUGCAUUUUUAGCAAAGGCUGUGAAUGUUUUGAGCCAGUUGAAGAAUAGCGAAGAGGUCAAGAAUCUCCAGUCGAGUCUUCGGGAAAAGGCCAACGCUGAGUUCACUUCAGCGCGACAGAGACUCCUCUCUCGGGGUAGUGAGUCGCAGCAGGUGACAUCAUCACAGGAAGAGAAAAAGAUUGUUCUGUCGGAGGUUUUACAGGUCUUGGAGAGCAAAAUGAACGCAGAAAAGCCUCACUUGGAGGCUCUAAAGGCGUCGCUGGAGCACCAGACGUUGCAGUCCGAAAUUCUGGCCAAGAUGCAGCAGCACGAAAGUGACUUGAUGAAAGCUCAAGAAACAAUUGCCCGUCUCGAACAUAUGGCGAGCAGGAAGUUGGGCGUGAACUCGAUGACUGAGUUGGAUCCAAGCGCACUGGCGCAAAAAGCCGAGGAAUUGCUACCCAAGUUGUCUUCAAAGGCCGAAGUUUUCGUCCAUGCCUCUGAAAAGUACUGGCUGCAGAUACAGCAAACAACACACGGUCAGACGUUGAUGAAAAAGGCCAAGGCGCUGGUCCAGUCCGUUGAAAAUCCAGACGAGUUUUGCGAUAAUGUGACGAAGGCAAUUGCCGAAGUCAAGCUUGACAAAUUGGCAGCAUGGGGGAGCACAAUGUCCAAGAACCGCGAGAAACGCCAGGAAUUUGUGGACCGGAUGAAAGAUCACUGUUUGGAUUUCCUCACGUCCGUGCUGCCAACCUUGAAGAUUGACACGAUUUCGGGCGUAGAAGACGACAUCGCGUACUCAAUUUCCAACCUGGAUUUAUCGAAUUUCCGUGUCAAGAAGGAACGCGUCAAAGUGCGAAUGGGAACGGUAGUCGACGAAGAAUUGUUCACGGUUAGAGCGACGCAUUUGACAGCGUUACUAAAGGGGUUUGACUGGACUUUUGAGCAGAAAUACUUCCCGUAUCUACACGGGGGCGGAGUAGCGGACGCUGCGCUUAGCGGUGGCGUUAUUUCUCUUGGCUUUAAAGCCGAAAAGAAAGUUGUGAGCCAGAAGACAGGGGAGUUUAAGCCAGUAUUGGUGUUGAACUCGAUGACGAUUGAGAUUCGUCAAGAACUAAAGCUCACUGUGCAAGGCAGUUGGUUUAGUGCAGUCUACAAUAUGCUAACGUCGCUGUUUGCUGAGCUGAUUCGCGAGUAUCUGGCCAAGACGAUGGAAACGAAGCUGCUGAAACAUAUGAUUAAGCUCCUGGGCACGCUGAACAAGCAAAUGGAUGAGUACUGGCCGCUGAUCUUCCAGCUCUUGGACAUCCGAAUGGAAGAUUUGCCCACUGCGAGUCCGUGGCGUGGGGCAAAGGAGGUUGAGAUUCAGCCGCAAGAGAUCGAAUGCACCUUCACAGAGCGCAACUCGAUUCCAUUUACGUUCUCAAAGGGUGUAUUGAACAAGUACGUGGUCGUAUCGCGCAUUCUUGACGUUGACGCGUCGACCUUCAACCAGAAUGAGUCAGCAGACGACCAUCAUGAUUUUCAUUUGAAUGGUGACCUCAAGCGCAUACCCGUGGGCAGCAGUAUCCUGGCGAUCAAUGGUUUGUGCUGCAGUAAAGUGACGCUGGAGGAACUGAGAGGCCUUCUGGAAACCCUUUCUAUUCCGCUCACAAUGCGCUUCUCCUUACUCCCAGAAGAUCCAGCCAAAAACCGACGACAGCAGAUGAGGCCUCAGCCUGAACUUACCACCUUUACGUUUCGUCAGGACGGUCCUUUUGGCUUACGUCUGCGAGCUCGUCCUCUGGCGUCUUGUGGCGUAAUAGUUGUGGGGUUCACUCCGGUAAAAAAUGGUAAGAAGUGUCCAGCGGAACUCAGCGGCAAGAUUCGAGUUGGGCAACUCCUGACGAAGGUUAACAACGAAGAUCUGCGCUUCAAGACGCUAUCAGAAGUGCUGGCCGCUCUUCGCGACCUCAAGAGUCGACCUGUGACGAUGCAGUUUGCCCCGAGUCCCGAUGCUAUCAUAAAGCUGCGCGACUGGCCUCCUAUGAUCGAGAUAGAGGACGCAGCUUCCUUUGCUUGCGACGAAGACGACCCGCCGUCGACUGGCAGGAAAUACGUGGUGCUGUCAGCUUUUGCACGUGUCCCGUCCUACGCGCAGCGGACUCAUCUAGUGGAGAAGGGCGAUGUGCUGCUGCAAGUUAACGACACCGCGCUAACUGGUCCAGCUUACGCCAACUUUGCGAAUAUUAUGGAGACUCUGCGUGAUAUUGCCAGCCUAAAGGAACCGAUGAGGGCGGUGUUUAUGAGUCGGGAGCAUUAUAUUGCCAGAUGCACACAGCUCAGGCAACGACGGCUCUCAGACAGCAAAGGUGACGUCAACUCGGAUGGCGUUGUCGACAUCCUGUCAACAAUUCCAACGAAGGAAGUUUUAUUUCCGAAGGCUCCGCUGGGAAUAUUGUUUGGAAACUGGAAGGACGAAGCGAUAUACAUUCGAGCGUUCAUCUCCAGCCCGGGCCCAGCAGAGAAAACGGGUCUACUUCGUCCAGGGCAAGCGAUACUGCAAGUGUGUGGACAUGCAGUUCCGCGAGAGGCAACGCCUGGUAUCAUCGAGGAGAUGAUCAUGAAAGUGACCAUGGAGACGAAGAUGGACAGUGCGAGCAACUCUGAUGAGGCUACCGUGUCCACGGGUGAGAGCGAGAAGAAGCCAAAGUACACCUUGACAGUGCGAGAUCUUGAAUUUGAACAAGAACUGAUGAAGUAA